UCUUGCUUUGCUACCAUUAAAAUCAGACCCUUUUUGUCUCUCGAUUGCUGUCUCCCGACCAAACUCCGAUGUGUUCCGUUAUCAGCGACCUAAAGGCUGCCAUUCCAGCACCUGUCUUGCUAGGGAUCGGUGGAUAGUAUACGAUCAGAAAGCAGACAAGGACAUAGGAGGAGAGAGAGCUCUAGAGAGACAGCCAGGGAUAGGCACAGAGAGCUGUGAAGUAAUUGGAUUCAAUGGACGAAAUGCUGCUGUUGACAAGAAUUCUCUUGGUGGGCUUCAUCUGCGCUCUUUUAGUCUCCUCUGGGCUGACUUGUGGACCAGGCAGGGGCAUUGGAAAAAGGAGGCACCCCAAAAAGCUGACCCCGUUAGCCUAUAAGCAGUUUAUUCCCAAUGUGGCAGAGAAGACCCUAGGGGCCAGUGGAAGAUAUGAAGGGAAGAUCACAAGAAACUCCGAGAGAUUUAAAGAACUAACCCCAAAUUACAACCCUGACAUUAUUUUUAAGGAUGAAGAGAACACGGGAGCUGACAGACUGAUGACUCAGCGCUGCAAGGACAAGCUGAACGCCCUGGCGAUUUCGGUGAUGAACCAGUGGCCCGGGGUGAAGCUGCGGGUGACCGAGGGCUGGGACGAGGACGGCCACCACUCCGAGGAAUCGCUGCACUACGAGGGUCGCGCCGUGGACAUCACCACGUCGGAUCGGGACCGCAGCAAGUACGGGAUGCUGGCCCGCCUCGCCGUCGAGGCUGGCUUCGACUGGGUCUACUACGAGUCCAAGGCGCACAUCCACUGCUCCGUCAAAGCAGAAAACUCAGUGGCAGCCAAAUCAGGAGGCUGCUUCCCCGGUUCAGCCACGGUGCACCUGGAGCACGGCGGCACCAAGCUGGUGAAGGACCUGAGCCCUGGAGACCGCGUGCUGGCUGCUGACGCAGAUGGCCGGCUGCUCUACAGCGACUUCCUCACCUUCCUCGACCGAGAGGACGGCUCCCGAAAGCUCUUCUACGUCAUCGAGACGCGGCAGCCCCGAGCCCGGCUGCUGCUGACUGCAGCCCACCUGCUCUUUGUGGCCCCCCAGCACAACCAGUCGGAGGCCACAGGGCUCACCGGCGGCCAGGCGCUCUUCGCCAGCAACGUGAAGCCUGGCCAACGUGUCUACGUGCUGGGCGAGGGCGGGCGGCAGCUGCAGCCGGCGUCCGUCCACAGCGUCUCGUUGCAGGAGGAGGCAUCGGGAGCCUAUGCCCCGCUCACCGCCCAAGGCACCAUCCUCAUCAACCGGGUGCUGGCCUCCUGCUACGCCGUCAUUGAGGAGCACAGUUGGGCCCAUUGGGCCUUCGCACCAUUCCGCUUGGCUCAGGGGCUGCUGGCCGCCCUCUGCCCAGAUGGGGCCAUCCCUACGGCCGCCACCACCACCACCGGCAUCCAUUGGUACUCACGGCUCCUCUACCGCAUCGGCAGCUGGGUGCUGGAUGGUGACGCGCUGCACCCGCUGGGCAUGGUGGCAUCGGCCAGCUGAGAGCGGCUGGAGAGGGACAGAAAUGGAGUGUGGGAGAGAGAGAGAGAGAGA